AUGACUAGGACUAUUCGAAAGCCAAACAGCGCUCAACCUAUCCACCCGCCAUUACGUUCUCGCUAUGAAUAUCCCAGAAAUUCAUGCUCACAAACCCACAGAAAGCAAGAGAAGCUAGGGACGUUCUGGUGGAGGCGGAGAAUAUGGAUUGAAUCCACCUUUGCCCUGACGGUAUAUGAACCCUGGGAGAAGGUCCUUGUCCUAACGAUAUUCUCCAUCUUUUGCACGGCUAUGCUCAUUGUAUUGGUUAAAUAUCUCCCCCAUCAGUUCAUUGUCAUGCGACGGAGGGCGAUAUACUAUAUCUGGGGAGAAUAUUCUGAAAGGUCAGAGCUCGCCCUUUGGCAGUACCUCGACCUGGCUAGGGCAGACAGUUGUGGUACUGGUGGCGCAUCGUGCGCGUAG